UUUGCAGAGGAGAUGCUGAAUAGGGUUUUGAAGGGUGCAUAGGAGUCUUCCAGGAGGUCUGGGCCGGGGGAAGGAUACCAGAGGGCCUAGCAAGUGUGAUAUCUAGAAAAAGAGAAAGGCCUAGAGUGUGGCAUUUCUGGUUGAGUGUGGCUAAGGAUGAGAUGCCCUUCACCUGGAAAUUUUUCCAGGCAGCCCUGCCCCAGGUUUGUCCAUCUGUGCCAGCCCUGACUACCCUGGAAAGGCAAGGAGUGUGAAUGUGAGACACAGAGCUGAGUUCUUUCCUGUUCCCAGCCUCACCUAGCACAGGCCUGGGCCCCAAUUCAGCUAAUAUUUAUUGAAUUGAUAGGUCCUGCCUCUCUUGCUCACACUCUAUGGCUCCCAUCUACCUGGGGAGCCAGGUCCAAACUCCCCUGCCUGGCUUUCAGUGCCCCCUUGUGCUGCCCUGCCAACCUCCUGCUACUUCCUCUGGGACCCUGCCUCCAGCCAUCCUGAAUUUCCCAGCACUUGGUUCCACCUUCCAAGUGUGCACACGCUGCCUCCUGCCAGGAGCUCCCUUUCUGUAGGGCCAAAUGUUAAGAUCCUUUUUUUCUUGUAGGCUCUUCUGAGGCCUCACUUCCUCCUGUGGGGUCUUCUGAGUCCUUCUCACUGCCCAGCCCACCCCCUGGGGGCUGGGAUCAUCUUUCGUCCAGUUGGGGUUCCUAUCCACAAGUGAGAGGCCCUGUGUUCAGAGCCGAGGCCUCUCUGGGGCAUCAGGGAGGGUCUGGGAGUGUUGGGACAUGGGGACUGGUCUCAGUGCAGCCCCCUGUCCCCCUCCUGGAAGCGACCCUCUUCUGGCCGGCCUGCCCCAGGACCCCGACUUCUCCAGGCCCUGCCUCUGCUCCCCUCCCUCACCCUCCAACGCGGGUUUACCUGCUAACAGGAAGAGUGACACGUACUCGGGUUCUUCCUCGGACAAGACCUUGGAUUAUAUGGUUCACUGGUCCAGGACCCCGGAGCCAGACGCCUUGGGGCCGGCUGCUUCCGAGAACACAGUGACCAGUGGCGACUGGAAACCAGGGAGGGACUCGAGGCCUCGGUCGCACGGGUCUCCCCUUGUCCCCAACCCAGACUCACAGGAGCAUUGUAAUGACCAGGACCUUCUGAAGAGGCAACACAACGUCAUCACUAAGAAGCCCUUGGAGACCAACUCUUCCAAAGUCAAAGUUAAGUCCCUCAUGAUGAUUCCCGACUCGCAGAAGCUCCUGCGAUGCGAGCUGGAGUCCCUCAAGACCCAGCUACAGGCCCAGACCAAGGCUUUCGAGUUCCUAAACCACUCAGUGACCAUGCUGGAGAAGGAGAGCUGUCUGCAGCAGAUCAAGAUCCAACAGCUUGAAGAGGUGCUGAGCCCCCUGAACCACCAGACGGACAAGGAAGGUCACAAGUGGGGCACGGAGCAGGGCCGGGAGGAGCUGUAUGGGGCGCUGGCGCAAGGUCUGCAGGGGCUGCGGAAGACCCUCCGGGACAGUGAGGAGGGGCAGCGGGCCCGCACCACCCGCUGCCUGCAGCUGCUGGCCCAGGAGAUCCGGGACAGCAAGAAGUUCCUGUGGGAGGAGCUGGAGCUGCUGCGGGAGGAGGUGACCUUCAUCUAUCAAAAGCUUCAGGCGCAGGAGGAGGAGAUCACAGACAACCUGGUGAACAUCCAGAAGAUGCAGAAGACGCAGGUGAAGUGCCGCAAGGUCCUGACUAAGAUAAAGCAGCAGGGGUGUGAGACAUCCAGCUGGCCAGAGACCGAGCAGAUGCCACCAGGAGGCAAUGGCUCCUGGAGGGAUGACCUCCAGAAGGAGCUGAGUGACAUAUGGUCCGCUGUGCACGUGCUGCAAAACUCCUUUGACAGCCUCACCCUGUCCUCGGGGGGCCACCCCAGGGCCGCAAGCCUCAGAGGCUACAAGGGACACCGAUGCCUGAGCCCACCACUUCCCUCCUGGGACUCAGACUCGGAAUCUGACCCGGACCCUUCCCAGGCACGGUUCAGCAAGAACCGCUCCUUCCCACCUGGUGCGGAUCCUCCUCUGCCCCACCCAUCCUUCCCCUCCUGGCCUGCCCUGCAGUCCCACAGUCUGCACCCUCCCAGCUCCCAACCUGGCGUCUGCUCCCUCACCUCCAGCCCUGGGGUCCCCGGGACCAGGCCAGGCUCCGACCCGCCCUCUGUCUCCACAGCCUGAGCAGCCGGGACUGCUCUCCCCGAAGACCCCUCCAGAGAGAAAAUAAACUAGCCGAGACCUUCCUCCACCGUGGACUGUUGCUCCUGCUGUGCCUGUGCCUGGGAACGACCCCCCCACCCCCACCGGUUUACUCCCCAGUGUUGGGGAGCGUGCAGAGACCACAGGGCCUGUUCGGGAUGUCUGGGCCUGGGGUCAGGGGACAGUGUGAGGCUAGAUUUAGUACAUGACAAGA